AUGGAUGAUAUACUUGUCAUGGGGAGUGAUCCUGAUCUUAUAACUAAUUUAUUAUCAAAGUUAUCUACUGCAUUUAAAAUUUGGGAUCUUGGUGAGCCUGAUUUCUUUCUUGGUAUUGAGACAAUUAUAAAUGAUGAUGAUAUGGUGUUAUCACAACAAAGAUACAUGACUGAUAUUCUGAAAAGGGCUGGCAUGGCAGAAUUUAAAGCUUUAUUUACUCAUAUUCCUAUUUCGAAAUCUAUCCCAUUCAGUACAGAUCUAUAUGAGGAUCUUACUCAAUAUAGAAGUAUGGCAGGAGCACUACAGUAUCUAACUAUCACGCGUUCAGAUUUAUCUUUUGCAAAGAAACAAAGAAAUGUUGCUAGGUCCUCCACUGAGGCUGAAUAUAAGGCUCUAGCAUAUGUCUGUGUUGAGGUAAUUUGGGUUCUGCCUUUACUAAAAGAGAUUAGUGUGCUUGGUAUCCCAGUUUCCAAACUCUGGUGUGAUAAUCUUGGUGCUACAUACAUGUGUGCAAAUCCCAUCUUUCAUGCAAGAACCAAGUACGUGGAAAUUGACUAUCAUUUUGUCAGAGAUAGAGUUGCCAAUGGGGAAAUUUAA